CCCCGCUCUGCUGGCUAAAAUAAUACAAGGCAAAGAAAUUGUGUUUGUGUUAAUUGAAUGCCCUGCCCACAGACACUCGAGUCAGCAACAACACCAUGGGCAUCCUAGAGAAGAUUGCUGAGAUCGAGCGUGAGAUCGCACGCACCCAAAAGAACAAAGCCACCGAGUACCAUUUGGGCCUGCUGAAGGCGAAGCUAGCCAAGUAUCGCUCCCAGCUGCUAGAGCCCACGAAGAAGGGCGAAAAGGGCGAGGGAUUCGAUGUGCUCAAAAGCGGAGAUGCCAGGGUAGCGCUCAUUGGCUUUCCCUCGGUGGGCAAAUCCACAAUGCUGUCCACCCUGACCAAGACAGAGUCGGAGGCGGCCAACUAUGAGUUUACCACGCUGACGUGCAUUCCAGGCGUGAUCGAGUACCAGGGCGCCAAUAUCCAACUGCUCGAUCUGCCCGGUAUCAUUGAGGGUGCCGCCCAGGGCAAAGGUCGUGGACGACAGGUCAUUGCCGUGGCCCGCACUGCCGAUCUGGUGUUGAUGAUGCUCGAUGCCACCAAGCCGAAUGUCCACAGGGAGCUGCUCGAGCGGGAGCUGGAGUCCGUGGGCAUUCGGCUGAACAAGCGGAAGCCCAACAUUUACUUUAAACAGAAAAAGGGCGGCGGCCUGAGCUUCAAUUCGACCUGCACCCUGACGCGCUGCAGCGAGAAAAUGGUCCAGAUGAUCCUACACUCCUUUAAGAUCUUCAACGCCGAGGUGCUGUUCCGGGAGGACUGCACCGAGGAUGAGUUCAUCGACGUGGUCACCGCCAAUCGUGUCUAUCUGCCUUGCCUUUACGUGUACAACAAAAUCGAUCAGAUCUCCAUCGAGGAGGUGGAUCGCCUGGCCCGCCAGCCCAACUCCAUUGUCGUGAGCUGCAACAUGAAGCUGAAUCUGGACUACAUGCUGGAGGCCCUCUGGGAGGCGCUGCAGCUGAUCAGGGUAUACACCAAGAAGCCCGGCGCACCGCCAGACUUUGAUGAUGGUCUGAUUUUGAGAAAGGGUGUCAGUGUGGAGCAUGUAUGCCAUGCCAUUCAUCGCACGCUGGCCGCGCAGUUCAAGUAUGCCCUGGUUUGGGGCACAUCCACCAAGUACUCGCCCCAGCGAGUGGGCAUUGCCCAUGUGAUGGGCGACGAGGAUGUUAUACAGGUGGUCAAGAAGUAGGAGGAUUCGGGAUUCGAUUCGUGUUUGGUGUAACCAGAUUGUUGAUCU